AUGUAAAACAUUAAAUAUCAGGAAAGCAAAUUUUAGUUUGAAUGCUUCAGAAAACACCUCUUGAAGGAUGCUACGUAUUAUGGAUAUCUUCUACCUAACUUGUUGAUUCUGGCAACGGUCAAAUAGUCACAGACACCAAAAUAUAAGGUGCCUUUACUAUUAACUACCUAAAUACAUUUCAUCACGAAAUAGCCUUCAAAUGAGAUUGAAUAGUUUGGUUUUUUGUAUAAAGAGCAAUUCAAAUAUUUUUAUGCUAACCCAAAUACCAUUUUGAAACUAAAAGAACUUAUGGCUUGUCAAGCGAUGUUUAAGGAAAUAAGUGAUUUCUAUCAACCCAUAAGUAUGUUGGGUAGGGGAGGCUCUUCAAAAGUGUAUUUGGUGAUGAAAAAGAGGAGUAAAGAUCAAUACGCUUCGAAGUGUGUGGACAAACGGUACCUAAUCGAGGACGGAGGAUUUGUAAUCAAUCGAUAUUUAGCAUAGAAUGGAUUAUUUAAUGAGAUUUAGCUAAUGCAGAGGAUGAACCAUCCCAAAAUAAUACACUUGGAAGAACUGUACGAAGGAGAAAAUACAUUUUAUUUGAUUUUAGAGUAUUUAUAAGGUUAGAGUUUGCAUGAGUCUUUCAACAAGAGACAAGUGUUAUUUGAAUAGGAAUAAAUAUAAACUAUUAUGUUUCAACUCCUAACAGCAGUUUAGUACAUGCAUUCUUUGGGGAUUAUGCAUAGAGACUUGAAGCCAGAAAACAUUAUGUUCAAGAGUCAAAACGCCUAUGACGAAUUAAAGAUAGUGGAUUUUGGGUUGGCCACAUCAAUUCAGGCUGAGACUUAUCCCUAUCCGAAAUGUGGAACACCUGGUUAUGUUGCUCCUGAAAUUGCCAACCUCAAAGAUUUAAAUUAAAAAUACGAUUUGAUUUGCGAUAUGUUUAGUGUCGGUUGUAUCUUCUAUAAAUUAUUGACAGGCAAAGAGCUAUUCCCAGGAACAGACUAUUAAGAAAUCCUAAAGUUAAAUAAAAAGUGUUCCAUUAAUUAUGAACUCCUCACCCUAUACAGAGCACCCAAGGAGGCGAUUGAAUUGAUAGCAUUGUUUUUAAAGAUUAAUCCUAAGGAAAGAAUUUCAGCUCAAGCCGCUUUAGAACACAAUUACUUUUAAUUAAAAUUUUAAACCAAAAGAGCCAAAUUUUAACAAAGUAAUAAUAAAUAUACUCCUGUCUUUUAAACCCAAAAUUUUAAUCCCAAAGAUAAUCAUUAAAAACAAAACUUCCACAUUGAAGAUGAUGUUGUAGAAGAUGAAAAUGCUCAUUCUCUGAAAGUACCCAUAAUGCAAAACAUGAAAACCUUUGGUUAAUUCGUUUGUAAAAUCAAACCAUAAGUUACACCAACUUUAGCCAGAAGGAACUUUAAAAAGUUUUAAACUUCAGACUUUAAUUCGGCAUUGUCACCUAACUCCCCUAAUCCUUAACUAAAUGAUCAUAAACCCUCUUUAAUCAUAAAUGCUUAAACUUAAGAAUUGAUCAAUGAAAUUAAUACCAAAAAUGAACAUCAAAUUAAUUAAAUGGGUUAAAUAGAUGAAGAACAAGAAGAUCAAUUAUAACAAAAUAUAUGA